CGAGACGGAAGCCAGGCACUUUUUCUGAUUUCUGCCCCGAGGGGGACGUCAUUUCGGCCACGCCGUGUUUGAGAUAAUAAGAAAAUGUCUUCCCGGGCUCAGCGCGGCAGUCUGGGAUUCUGGUAUUCUCACCACUGCUCACCACCAUGGCCGAAGAUCGCAGCCUAACCGUGCGUGCGGUUGCCGCGGUCUUCCUGGCCCUGGCAACCAUCACGACCGUCCUGCGAUGCUAUGUGCGUCUUCGGAUCGUCAAGGCUUUUGGCUGGGACGAUGGGAUUAUGGUCUUGGCCUACAUCUUCUAUGUCUUCUUCUCCGCUUGUAUGAUUGGUGGUAGUCUUUGGGGGACAGGCCAACAUCUCAAUCAACUGGAUAACCACCAUCGCGUGACCGCUAUGAAGUAUUGGUUCUAUUGCGACAUUGGCUACGCGAUUGGUUCUAUCCUAUGCAAAAUCUCCGUAUCGAUCUUCAUUCUCCGCAUCACCAUCCACAGAGUCCACCGAAUCGUCAUCGGAGUCGUCGUCGGCCUGGUUGUCGUUGCUGGGUUUGCGUUCUUCGUAAUUCUCCUCACACAAUGCAAGCCAAUGGCCUUUUGGUAUCUUCGUCUUAGCACUGAGGAGGUUGGCAAGGGCACCUGCAUAUCCACACAUGUCGCGAUGGAUGCGCUCUAUGCCUUUAGUGCAACCUCGGCGGUUUUUGACAUGACGAUCGCGGUCCUCCCUAUCCUGCUGGUUCGGAAGCUGAAGAUGCAAAGUGACGUGAAAAUUGCGGUGGCUGGUCUGCUCAGCAUGGCCUGCGUGGCGUCCGUCGCUGUCAUUGUCCGCAUUCCUUACAUCCCGACGCUCCUUAAAACCGACUUCUUGUACGAAACCACCCCUGUCGCCAUCUGGUCGAACAUCGAAACCGGUCUGGGUAUCUUCGCCGGCAGCAUGGCCACCCUCCGACCCCUGUUGCGCAAGUUCCGGCCAUCGACCUACCAAAACACCUGGCCCAGCUCCUCGCGCGGCAAGCGCAGCAAGUCGAUGCCGCUGCAGUCGAGCCAGCGGCAGGAUUCCGACCGCAUCCCCUUGGAAGAUCGUUUGUACGGCACCACCUUUUUCACCGUCGAAGCGGGUAAUGAUCGGUAUUCUUCCACAGGGUUGGACCAGGUUCCGAUAUUACCGAAGCAGACAUACAUGCCACAGAUUAGCGUGAAGCGGGAGGUUCAUGUGACGACUGUUUAGGACUGGACGGGAUGGUGAAGGUCUGAUGAGACGAAGUCUGA